AUGAAUUUACUUUUAGAUUUUUAUAAUUGGACACGAAUAUCACGUGAACUGGAUGACGAGAAAGAACGUGAAGUUAUCACGCCAUCCUGCAUACCAAUGAAAAAUUGUUCAAUUGAUUCAGAUUGUCAUGGUGGGAAAUGUUUAGGCAUUGCAGUUGGUACAUGCAAUUGUGGUGCAUGCAUGCAAUUUGCAUCAUGUCAAUCUGAUGAAAAUUGUGGUGGCUUAAAAGGUGCAUGUGCUAAUAAAAAAUAUUGCGAUUGUGAUAAAGGCUUCAGAUGUGCUGGCUUAAAGGGUAUCUUUGAUGCUUUAUUAACAGUAUGCAAUCGAAAGCAAUGUAUACCAAAUUCAUCAUCAUGUUUUGGAUUACCAUGUAAUGAGGGGAUAUGUUAUUGUCCUGUUCAAUCAUAA